GCAGUUCCUUGCCGUACUCUCUCCUCAACAUCACCAUCUUUCGUCUUCUCACAGUCUUCAGAGUUUCUAUUUGUGAGAACCAGACGCGUCUUGAAUCAAGCAGAACAGAGCCAUUACCUCACAAGGGCUUAUUUCCGAUAUUUGACACACUCUGUUCAAGAUGCCGGUGCCACCAAUUGUGUCGGGGACUAUCCAGGCGGCGGUCCUCAGUGCCACGUCCAACAUAAUGGCACAAGCAAUAGGCGCUUACCGCAGUGAGAAAUCCUUUGUGAUCGACUGGGUCCCAGUAUUCCAAUUUUUCCUCUUCGCCGUGGUAUCCACUCCGCCCAACUUCCUGUUCCAAGAGGCCAUUGAGUCCAGCUUCCCGUCCACGAGCCCCACGCCCACCCCAGAGGCCAUCUCGUCCGCGGCCUCGGGCAACGAGAAGGAGCUCGACUGCGAGGCCCGCGAGGGCCGCCUCGUGGAGCCCAAGCUCAACAUCGGCAACACGGCCAUCAAGUUCUUCCUGGACCAGACCAUCGCGGCCGGGGUCAUUACCUUCAUGUUCAGCAUGUUCAUGCACAGCAUCCAGGCCGCCAUGGCACACCGGACGACGGGCGCCAGCGAGAGCGCCGCAUUCCUCGCGAGCGGCAAGGCGCUGGACUACUCGCAGGUCGACUGGCGGGUGGUGGUCGAGAGGGCCAAGCUGGAGUUCAUGCCCAUCAUGAAGGAUGGGUGGAAGCUGUGGCCGUUUGUGAGCCUGUUCAAUUUCGUUGUCGUCAGGAGUGUGGAGGUCAGGGGUCUGGUCGGUGCCCUUGCGGGUGUGGUCUGGGGGGUCUACAUGAGCAUGGUUGCUGCGAGGUAGGAGACUUGUUCUCUCUUCGCAGGCUAUUCACUUGACAACUUGCAUAGAACGGACAGUAUAUUUAUAUGCGGUAACGUGGCCUACAUCUGGCCGCGUGGGAGCUCGCUCGUAGGAUGCCACAAGGCUCACUUUACAGGAUAGUACUUGGCUUCAGCGCUGGUAUGGUGUUAUUAAAAAAGGAUAUCAAGGGACAGGAGUAUUCAUGUUUUAUUGUCGUUCUAUGCAUGACCCAAUAGGGCUUCUUGAGCCGUCCUUCAUACUUGCGAUAAACCUUCUAUACCUGGG